AUGUCACUUAUUUUGCUAGCUGCUUGCCAAAACAUCGAAACAUACUUUGUAGGUGGUCUAUUCGAUGCAAUUGGCAGCGUGGGUUUUGGGAUCACGCAACAAAUCUUCAUUUCGGACCUAACAAAUCUACGCAAUCGCGGCAUCUGGCUUUCACUUCCCGAAACUAUCAGCGCCAUCCCGACUCUCUACCUUGGAACUAUUGUUGCGCAAGCUUUCCUGGAUCACUCGACCUGGAGGUGGGGCUAUGGCAUGUGGGCUAUCGUAACCCCUAUUGCCUCUCUUCCACUGCUAGUGACAUUGUUUAUUCGCAAAAGAAAAGAUAAACUCCAACCCGAAGCUGCUGUACGUCCCAGAAUUCUGCAGGCUGUGCACGCAAGCGACCCUCUCUGGAUCAAGGUGUAUAAAGUCGUAUGGAUCGAGCUUGAUUUGCUGGGCUGCUUGCUACUCUUUGCAGGCUUGUCACUCAUUUUGAUACCCGUUUCACUUACAGGGUCACAGAACAGCACAGCCUGGGGAAAAGGGAGCUUCAUCGCCAUGGUUGUUGUGGGUGCUGUCUUAUUUGUCUCUUUCUUCAUUUGGGACUCGCUAUUUGCCAAACGGCCAUUCAUUCCGUUCCGACUCAUCAGGCACAAGACCAUUAUAGCAGCCUGUGGGCUAUGCAUUCUCGACUUCAUGCAUUACUCACUGUUUUCUGUCUUUUUCCCCAGCUAUCUCCAAGUGGCGGGGCAUUUCUCUGCUGGACACUCGACGAGAAUUGAUAACUCUUUGCGCGUCGCUUUUCAAAUCACGUCUAUGUUGGGCGCCGGUCUUAUGCACUAUUCGAAGCGCGCGAAGCCCUGGGUCCUUGUUGGCGUUCCACUUUGCGUACUAGGCCAAGGUCUCCAGAUCUACUUGGUCAAUAUGCACGGCACUGGUACCGCUAACGAGGCAUCGUUUAUUGCGGCAAAAUCACUCGUUGGAAUUGGCCGUGGCUUAUACCAAACUGCUGCACAAGUUUGUGUGCAAGCAGUAGUUGACCGAGAUGAGGUUGCUAUUGCUACUGGAGUUUUCUUUGCAAGCAUGAAUCUUGGUGGCGCAAUCGGUACAAGCAUAUCCGGUGCGAUUUGGCGAUCAAAUCUGCUUACAAAAUUAGUCAAGUACCUUCCUUCAGACUCGAAGUCAAAGGCAAAGUCUAUUUUUUCCUCCAUUGUGGUGGCACGGAAAUACGCUAUUGGCUCAGCUGAGCGAGUGGCAAUCGACACCGCGUACCGCGAGACUCAGCAACUGCUUGCUAUUGCCGCAACUUGCGUUCUUGCACCAAUGAUUGCAAUUAUGUGGUUCAUCAAGAAUGUCGAUUUGGCUCAAGAUGAGAGCGCCGCAAGCCAGGAUGGUUGCAAAGGAGGAGUCGAUAAUGAUGACGUGAAGGCACUAUCUGUUGAGCCGAACAAGACACAAACCGUGUAA